AUGAUAUCGUUUAAAAAGUUAUCGAAAUCGCUGGGUCUGGCGGCUCGGGUUCUAACUCCACUGGUUCUGUUCCUGCUAUUUUGGUUCUCAAAUGUACUAAAGCUAAACGAGUUAAGAGUAUCGAAGUUUAUUUAUAACGGGAUUUGUAACAAUGAGAGCAUGGAUGGACUGGGCAGGAUAGUUUGUCCGGCAGUUCCCCUAGAAGAUGAGCUGAUGUUUUUUAGGGGGAAAGAGACUCGGGAUUCGGGCGAAAUCAGCCUACCUGUAGUAAUUUCAACCACAAAACAGACUGAUAAUGUGGUAAUUAACACAGAUUCUUCCACUCCUUCUUCACUAUACUUAAUAUUGAAAAUGUGCAGUGAUUAUAAAACUCGAGAAAACAAGCCUAAAAUUAGGCUUCUGGAUGAUCUUUGUCCUAUAAUUUCAGAUUCACUUGAAAAUUCAGAUUUAAUCCAACAAAAUCAUAGAAAUGGUCAUGUUGGUACUAAUGUUCAGUAUGAUAGAGAAUUAGUUUUAUGGCUAAAUGUAUCAUCACUUCUAAGGAAACUUCCUUACUCUGGGAAACUCAAGCACGUUAAACUUCUUUCACACUCUUUAAACAAAAAUGAAAUCAUGUACAAAGUUUUAAACUCAAUCUCAUCAUAUCACGAUCAUAUCACCAUUAACACUAAUAAUACCAGUAACAAUAAUACUACUACAAACACUAUUAAAGAUGGGGAUAUGAAAUCAAAAGGUAGAUCGGGGUGUGAUAGAAAACGAGUAGGAUCCAGUGGUGGGUUAAAUCUACUGGUGACGAGUGAUAUUUUAUCAUCUAGUGAUGACCCGUUUAGGUUACUGGUUGAAACAGCGUUUCCGAGUCUAAUUGCUGAGAGUUUCGGCACAAUUCAGGAGUCCGUUCAUAGGUUAUUUUUGUCAUUUCCCGAGUCCUCGGCCGCCCUUUUACACAUGCGAAAAAUUGGAUUUGGAGGGAUAAACUUCUCCUCACUCGAGCCUGAAAUUAACAGAUUCACCUUCCUUAGCGUUUUCCUCAGCGCUUUACAACUUCUUUUAACAUAUUCCUUUGAUAAUUUCAAGCUCUACGAUGGCAUCAUCGAGUCUUCAUACUCAGAUAUGACUAAUCACUGGGAUAAACCGAAUUCCUCAAUGAAAAAUUCCAAGGAUAAGAAGAAUAACAGCUUGUUAAAUGAGUUUGAUGAUUUGGAUUCACGAGUUUUUGUGGAUUUUAUCACCCGUAGGUUAGGCUCGUUUUUCAUAAAUUUGGAGAUUAAAAAGAGACUUUUUAAUGUUGGAAAUUUGGGAGUAAAAUUCACAGUCAAAUUCUUACACAACUUAAUCCUAACUAAUCUUACUCAAUCAAAUGUUGUCAAAGGAAGUGGGAUAGAGUUGAUGAAGGGGAAGCUGAGGGAAUCACUGACGGCUUUAGGAAAGUUUAUUUCCUUCGAUUUCGACAAUGAUGGUGAGGUCUCUUUUGAGGAGUUUACAAAGGGUUCAAUUGAUAUGAACGAUUUCGUUAAUGACGUCAUUAGUGCAGUUGAUAGCUAUGGCAAAUCUGGCCUAGAAAAAGACCGUGAACUACAAUUCGUUCACCUUCUAAAGUCUCAAAACACACUAUACGAUAAGAUUAUAGAUGAGUUUAUCAUAUCAGAUACUGAUAAAAAUGACUCUCUAAGCCUUGAUGAGUUCCUUGAACUCAACCUCUCAACCUCCAUCAUCAGUAAUAUUCAGGCAUAAUAUCCAUUAAGAAGUUGAAACUUGAGAUUUAUACUUUUCCACACAAAUUGCUUUAAAAUUCAAUAAUCAAGUUAGAAGAUGGUGUU